UUUUGAGGAACUGGGUAAAUAUUAAGGUUUUCUUUAUAGUUUGAAUAAAGGGGGGCGGGUUCCCCAGAUUCUAUAUCCUUUCCUGUCCACUUAGGAAGUUCUGCAUAACAUUUUUGUGUGCUGACAUAGGAAGGGACAAAGAGCAAUAAUAUAAGUAUUAAGUAAAGGACAAGAUAAAUCUACCAUGAAAAGCUAGAAAAUGAAUCAUGGUCAGGGGAAAGCAAAACAAAUCCAUGGCAAAUAGGGUUACCAUCAGGACUACUAAAAUCAAGACUGGACAGCACUAUAGUCCAUAAGCUGUGUCUGACCUGUCAGUCACUGUAAUUGCUAACAGGAAUUAAAUAUACAUACCUAGUCCUGCAAAAAUAAGUUUGCGAAAGUUAGAAAAGAUGAAUGCAGAUAAACAGCUAUGAUUUUGAUCCGUCAGAGAUUUUAUCAAUCCAUAUGUCAAGAUUUAUAAGUCUAACAGGAAUAGAAUGUUUAAAUCUAAUAAAACAUGGGCAGAGUCGACUUGAAAAAUCUAUGGCAAUGGUGAUAGUGAAGAAAUCAGUAUACUUCUCUACCAUCAUUAUGCCUGUACAGAUUUGUCCAGAGGUGCUUUUCUCACUGAUAGGGACUACCUGUGCUCUUCCCCAUAAGUACAAAAUGCAAACUUUUCAACAACUUUUCACUGUGAGGAAUUUGCAAGAUACAUUGCAGACAAAAUAUCAUGCGAAGUAUCUUGGAUCUGGUCUGACUUGGGACCCUUCCAGGCAGGCCCUAUAUCCCAGGAUCUGAUCCCAGGUAUUCUGUUUAUCUGGCAGUGCGGAUUCAUAUCCAGUUUAAAGCAGAAAACCUGGGAUCAGAUCCUGGGAUAAAGGACCUGUCUAGAAGAGCCCUUCAUUCUAUAGUUGAUACAGAUCCAGUGCAUGUAACCUUGGCCACUGUUUUGACUUUUGUUAUUGAAUAUCUUGUGCAAGAUGAAAAUGUAGACAGAAUCUCUAUAAAGUGAGAGCCAUCGUGUGUGUUGGAAGCUUGCUUUACCUGGUUCAUUAAGGCAGCCGAAGGGAAUUGGCCAUGCUAAUAAGGGUGAAUGCUUUUUUUAUAGCAAGGGAAGAUAUCAUGUUGCCUAAAAUAAGCUGUGGUAAAGACUUUACUCAAUAUCCCCUCCCUGUCUCCAACAUCCCUUUUGAGGAAAAGGCUCUAAACCUCCCAUCCCUACAGGUUCCUGGAUGAAACACAUUUAACUAUCUUUGUCUUGGUUAUGGUACAGAGAUAGCUUUGGUUGUCUUGGUGGAUGACCUCCACUGGAAAAUAGAUACGGACAAUGUCUAGAUGCCUCUCUGGGACACUGAGGGAUUGUUUUACAGCGGCUCCAUCUCUUCCUGUGAGGUCAAACUAAGAAGGUAGUGCUGCGGGACAGGGGCUCCUGUUCCACAUCCUAGGCACCAUAGUCUGUACUAUCCCAAAAAAGUCAGUCUUGUCCACUACGUUGCUUAACAUAUACAAAACUGGUAGAGGCUGUCCACAGAUUUGAGGUUUGGCGUCACUAGCUGGCAGAUGCUGUUGGAGUAUGGUUGUAUUUGUAUGAAAUGUAAAUCAAGUGUUUACUGCUGAUGAGCAAGAGUGUGUAUUUUUCAGUAAUGAAAUAGUUAACAGCAGGCUAGUUUUGACUGACAGCCUGUUGUGAUUCCUAUGACCUAUCAGGCAUGACUUCCGGCCUUUGGGGGUCAGAACUUCCUCUGGACAGAGGAAUGUGUUUCUUAUCUUAUCUGUGGUGUUCGGCUUGAGCUUUCGCUGAAGAUGGACUAUGAAUGCUAUGCUCUGAAGCCGAGAAAUGCAAACUGUAAAUAGACAUGUAAAUAAAGUUAAUCAACAGUUGGACUUCGCCUGCUGGAGUGUUUUCUUGACCAGUGCUGAUUCUCUGCAUGGGAAUACAGUCUGGAGAAGGAGGUGAGACCGGGAUGAUGAAUUUUGGAAUUCACUCUGCACCCCAUCAUCCCCUGACAAGGGUUAUGGGCCCAGGGCCCAGGCCUCUACGCUUCUGGCUGCGCAGUGAGUGGAGAUGUUGAUGGCUGAUGUGCUUUCAACAACUGUGCGGCCGAGAGAGGGAAUCCAGAGACGGAGGGGACCCAGUGAAAGCUCCAGUGAAGCUGCAGGAAGAAGAUUGUGACUGCCUGAGUCUGCACUUGAGUGAGUGGCAGUAUGGCUUAAUCUCGGGACCGAGAGUCAUGGAGGCAACUAAUUCACCAGGAGCUUGGGGUGUUGUUGUUGUUUCUUGAUGGCAGAGAUGGCUGGAAAAAACUUCAUUUCCAGCAUGGAAAAGCUGUCUGAUGAUAAUUAUGCUUCGUGGUCAGUAAUGAUGCGAUCUCUGCUGGCAACAGAGGAUCUAGAAAAGACCCAGUAAUCAGAAGGUUGUAGGAUGCAAAUGGGUUUAUAAGAAAAAGAUUCUUCCAGAUGGAGAAAUUAAAUACAAGGCAAGACUAGUGGCCAAAGGGUUUACUCAAUCCAGGUUUGAAAAUUAUGAUGAAACAUUUGCUCCUACUGCCAAGCCAGAAAGUUUAAGACUGAUGCUAACGCUAGCAGCCCAGAAACAAAUGCAAGUUCGGCAUUUUGAUUUUGAGACAGCUUACCUUAAUGCUCCUUUGCAGGAACAAAUAUAUAUGGAACAAGCGCCAGGUUUUUGUGUUAAAGGUAACAAAGUUUGUCUUUUUAGAAAGGCGUUAUAUGGGCUUCGGCAAUCUGCGAGGGUUUGGAAUGAAUAUAUGUAUACAUGAUGAAUUGUGUAAACUUGGGUUUAAAAGGAGCAUUGCAGAUGCAUGUGUUUACACUAGAGGUACCAAGGAUGAAUGGGUAGGUCUUCUUUACGUAGAUGUCAGGUCCCUGGCUGCUGGGCACCAAAAACCUUACACGGAGGCCAAUCUCUAUCUAAUAUCUUUAUUAAGGAAAUAUAUAAAAGCAAUAAAAACAAGUGAAGAAUAUAGUUCAGAAGCAGACCUUUCAAAUGAGGUCAAAUAUAGUCCAAAAAUGUAUUGUCCAAUAAACGAUAUUAGAGUUCAAAGUUUUAAUCCACUUGACCGAAACACACACUUUUGCCAAGCAAUAGUGUGGGGAAAUGUCAGAGUCUUAGAAGUCCAAUGAAGCUUGACAACAAGGCUGGAAAUAAACUUGGUACUUGACUAGGUCCGUGACUAGAAACAAGGCAAAACGUGAAGCGUGGAACAAGGUCCGUGGUUAAACAGCAAGGCAAGGCAAAGGCUUGAAUGCUUGAUCCGGGAAGCAAGGAACUGGGGUUACGAAGUCCACACACGAUCUCUCUCCUGAAGCUGAUCAAUUGACUCCGCAAAGAAUCUCCCGCGUCAAACACCUAUAUCGGGUCUCGUUUUCCCGCCAACAGAACUCUUUCCCUAGAGAACAAGAAGCGAAACCCAACUCUGUCCAGAUGCAAGACUCCUUAGAAUUUCCCAAGGGAAGCAGGCCUAAUCAGCCUGUUGUUUGGCAGCGAUCUGUAAACUCCUCCAAUUUGCUUCUCUGACUCCUCUGUCUCUAGAAUAAGAUUCUUUCCUGGGAAACGGAGGGGAGUAAUGCCCAAGGCCUGUUUUACUGAAUUCUUGAGGGCAAACAUCAACAUCCGGCAGGUGAAGGGACUCCGGUUCUUGUUGAACCGGCGAAAACCCCAUGUUUUCAUCUUCAUCUGCCACAAUAGUACUAGGAACAGGACUACAAGGCCCAUGAGGCAUCACAGUAGAUGACCUAUGUGUUGUAGCUUAAAAAACAGAUACUAUUCAAAAGGUUCAGAGGGAACUGGGAAAUAGGUACAGAAUGAAAGAUUUAGGUCACUUGAAGAACUACGUAGGCCUAGAGGUUAAUAGAUCUGAAGAAGGUAGAAUAAUCUUGAGUCAGAAAAAGAAAAUUGAGCAAGUGAUUGAAAAAUGUAAUUUAACUGAUGCUAAAACUGUUUCCACUCCAAUGACAACUGAUUUUGUUAAUUUAGAGUCAGAUAAAUUGUUUGAGAGACCAGAUGUGUUUCAUUCUGUCGUUGGGAGCUUGAUGUACAUUGCAAAUCAUACUAGGCCAGAUAUUAGUUUUGCAAUUAAUUUUCUUAGUCGGAGAGUUUCAAAACCUAGGAUGAUCGAUUGGAUUGCACUAAAGAGAGUUGUUAGGUAUUUGAAAGGAACAAUUGAUCAAGGUUUAGUCUUAGGUGGUGGUGAAGGAAAAAUUGAAUGUUUUGCAGACAGUUCUUUUGCCACUGAGAAAGAAAGUAAAUCAGUGACAGGCAUAGUAAUUAAAUAUGCAGGAAGCAUGAUAGCAUGGAGAUGCAGAAAAAAAGUUGUGUGGCAUUAAGCACAACAGAGGCUGAGUUUGCUGCACUGGCUGAAGCAGUAAGUGAAUUACAAAGGAUGAAGCAGCUUUUGCUGGACUUGGGAGAAGAGUGUGAAACUCCAAUCUGUGUGAAAGAAGAUUCACAAGCAUGUAUUGCCAUGGUAGAGGCAGAGAAUUUGAAAAACAGAACAAAGUACAUUGGAGUAAAGUUUAACAAAGUGAGACAACUAGUUCAACAAAAAUUGAUAUCGUAACUAAAGCUUUACCUGUCACCAAACAUGAAGAAUUUAUAAAUAAUUUGGGACUAUUCAAUGCAACUUACAUGUGAUUUGAAUGAGACUGCAUAUGUAACAUGUAAUAUAACCUGUGGAACUCCAGGAGAAAAGGAGUUGAGUGCUUUAGAGUAAAAUUGUGAUAGAGUGGAGAGUGUAAAACAUUGAUUAACAUUUCAGAGGGGAAUUGUUGGAGUAUGGUUGUAUUUGUAUGAAAUGUAAAUCAAGUGUUUACUGCUGAUGAGCAAGAGUGUGUAUUUUUCAGUAAUGAAAUAGUUAACAGCAGGCUAGUUUUGACUGACAGCCUGUUGUGAUUGCUAUGACCUAUCAGGCCUUUGGGGGUCAGAACUUCCUCUGGACAGAGGAAUGUGUUUCUUAUCUUAUCUGUGGUGUUCGGCUUGAGCUUUCGCUGAAGAUGGACUAUGAAUGCUGUGCUCCGAAGCCGAGAUAUGCAAACUGUAAAUAGACAUGUAAAUAAAGUUAAUCAACAGUUGGACUUCGCCUGCUGGAGUGUUUUCUUGACCAGUGCUGAUUCUCCGCAUGGGAAUACAGUCUGGAGAAGGAGGUGAGACCGGGAUGAUGAAUUUUGGAAUUCACUCUGCACCCCAUCAUCCCCUGACAGAUGCCACUCAACUCUGUAUUUCCAUUUCAUCUAGAUCUGUUAAUGUGGGAUUUGUGUAUUGGUAGUGUUUAAAUGAAAUUUGUGUCUUGCCUGUAUUGCAUACUGAUUGCAUCAUCCAGAGUGUACUAUAGUCUGGAAAGAGUUAAUUGCUAAGAAGCUGUAAUGACCUUGAUGUGUGGCUGGAACUGGGGAGUGUCCAGACACAAGUGUUUGUGCAUUACUGAUUGCAUCAGUUCUGUUCAGUUCUGAGUUGAGUUGAGUUCUGUCUGCCUAGAGUGAAAGUCAAGUCCUGUGUUUGUCUGCAAGUUUGUUUGUCUUGUACAGUAAAACUUGUAUAUAGUUUUACCAUCAUCUCUGAUGUCUCUUCGUUCUUCGUUCCACUGAUUCCAUCCAACUACUGCUGCACUGCAGUUACUCUGACAAGAUCCAGUGAAGCUGGUCUCAGUAAUGAACUGGAUGUGACAAACAAAUUGAAGCUUAGCCCAGGCAAAAUCAAAGUCCUCUUAGUCAGAAGGAAAGUUAUGGAAUUCAAUCUAUGCUGGGCAGAGUUGCAUUCCUGAAAUCGUGAGCUCACAGUUUGAGUAUAUUCUUACACUCAUUCCUCAAACUGAAACCCAUGUUUCAGUGGUGACCAGGAGUUUUUCUCUCCAUUUGAAACUAAUGUACUAGCUGUGACCAUUUCUGGAAUUGUCAGAUCUGGCUUUGGUAACCCAUGUCUUGAUAACUUUCUGUUUGAAUCAGUACACUUUACAUGAGGUUACCUUUGGAAACAGUUCAGAAAUUACAGCAAGUACAAAAUGCUAGGAGCCCCAGUGGCGAAGUGUGUUAAAAGCACUGAGCUGCUGAACUUGCAGACCGAAAGGUCCCAGGUUCAAAUCCCGGGAGCGGAAUGAGCGCUCGCUGUUAGCUCCAGCUUCUGCCAACCUAGCAGUUCGAAAACAUGCCAAUGUAAGUAGAUCAAUAAGUACCGCUCCGGCAGGAAGGUAAUGGCGCUCCAUACAGUCAUGCUGGCCACAUGACCUUGGAGGUGUCAACAGACAACACUGGCUCUUCUGCUUAGAAAUGGAGAUGAGCACCAACUCCCAGAGUCAGACAUGACUGGACUUAACAUCAGGGGAAAAUCUUUACUUUUACCUUUACCUACAAAAUGCUAUAGCUAGACUUCUGACCAGGGCUGGCUCCAUCUGCUCCUGGGCCUAGGCAUGACAAAGCCAUGCCUGCCUCUUCUCCCCCAAUACAAGAAAAGUAAUGCUAUAGUGACAGCUCUUGUUAACUUUUAAUAUUGCUGAGACUUUUUGAUUUGUUGUCUGUGGGGAUCAGAACCAGUCCUUACCAAUACUCGAAGUUCCUGGGGACAUUUUCAUACCCUUGUGACUGUUCAGACUGUGAUGACUGAAAAGGAAAAAUCCUUCUGACAGAAAUGGUUAGCAUGAGAGGAAAGUCUCUCAGUGUCUGAAUAAAUGUCACAUUCACAGCUGAGUGGGUGUUUCUAUUCCAACUCAUGUGCCAGUGGCAGCCAGACAGAGUUUUUUUUUUCAUUUGUUAUAGCAUAUGACUUAUUUGCUUGAGCCUCCUAAGGUUGUGGCCAGGCAUUGGUUAUACAUGCAGUCUCCGACUUACACACAAUACAUAGUUAAGAACGGGGGGGUGAGACGACAUGAAGUGAGAUAAAUAUAUCCCUAGGAAGGGAAAUUUAUUCCUGAAAGAGGAAAAGGUAUCUCAACUAAAGCUUUCUCACCAGUCCUUAUUUCCACAACAAGCAAUUUUCUUCAAUAUUCAAUUAUCACAGGGACAGAAAGUGAGGUGAAAUCUUCUGAACAGGGGUGCAGACAGCAAAAGAAACACCACGGGGGUGUUGAUCCUUCCCUAUGCUAUCCAAACCACACAUGCACACACACACACACACACAUCUAUAUAUAUAAAAGAGUGAUGGCAUCACGGCAAUUCACAAAACAACAAAAGUACAGGCCCCCCAACCUCAAAAUUUGACAACACAACCCAUCAUCCACGCCUCAAGGUUAAUACAACAAAAAGAAAAGAAAAAUAAAGUCCUAAUUAGAGGGAGAGCAAUAAUUUUUUUUAUCCAAUUGCUGCCAGUUUAGAGGGCUAAUCUCUGCCCACUUGGUUGCCUAGCAACCAAGGGACAGCCAGGUUUCAGUUAGGGGACAGGCCGAUUUAGGCCUCACUUAGACUUCUUCCACAGAUUAUCUAAUUUGCACUGGAUUAUAUGGCAGUGUAGACUCAAGGCCCUUCCACACAGCUAUAUAACCCAUUUAUAAUCUUAUAUUAUCUGCUUUGCACUGGAUUAUCUUGACUCCACACUACCAUAUAAUCCACUUCAGUGUGCAUUUUAUACAGCUGUGAAGAGGGAGCCUCAUAUAAUCCAGUUCUGAGCAGAUAAUAUACGAUUAGAAAUAUACAGUAGAGUCUCACUUAUCCAACGUAAACAGGCCGGCAGGAUAAGUGAAUAUGUUGGAUAAUAAGAAGGGAUUCAGGAAAAGCCAAUGAAACAUCAAAUUAGGUAAUCGUUAUACAAAUUAAGCACCAAAACAUCAUAUUAUACAACAAAUUUGACAAAAAAAGUAGUUCCAUGCGCAGUAAUGCUAUGUAGUAUUUACAGUAGAGUCUCACUUAUCCAACACUCGCUUAUCCAACGUUCUGGAUUAUCCAACGCAUUUUUGUAGUCAAUGCUUUCAAUAUAUCGUGAUAUUUUGGUGCUAAAUUCAUAAAUACAGUAAUUACUAUAUAGCAUUACUGUGUACUGAACUACUUUUUCUGACAAAUUUGUUGUCUAACAUGAUGUUUUGGUGCUUAAUUUGUAAAAUCAUAACUUAAUUUGAUGUUUAAUAGGGUUAUCCUUAAUUCCUCAUUAUCCAACAUAUUCGCUUAUCCAACGUUCUGCCGGCCCGUUUAUGUUGGAUAAGUGAGACUCUACUGUACUGUAUUUACAAAUUUACCACUAAAAUAUCACAAUGAAUUUAAAACACUGACUACAAAAACAUUGAUUAUGAAAAGGCAGACUGCGUUGGAUAAUCCAGAACAUUGUAUAAGCGAAUGUUGGAUAAGUGAGAUUCUUCUUUAAUAUGAAAUAAUUACUGGGAUAGAAUAAUGCAGAACAAUAUAAUCUCUAAAACCAGGACAGUAAAUAAACAGGGGAAUUCCACACAGGAAACAAUCAGGGCCAGCUAACACCUCCCAACAAAGUAUUCCCAUCAUCAAAGUCUGGCAAAUCCUGUUUUCUCAGGGCCACAGACAGUAGAAGCACAUAAAAUAUCGCAAACAACACCACUCUGAAAACAAGGGAAUUCCAGACAGGAAACAAUCAGGGCCAGCUAACACCUCCCAACAAAAAAUUCACUCAGGGAGGAAACAGCCAGGCUUUAAAGCUGCAAGGCCAUUACAUCCUAAUCAUUUUUCCUAAUUGCAGCAUUCAUACUUGCCUCCAACAAACAAAAAAACCAAUCAGAAAUAUUGUAUAUUCACAACCUUUAGGAAAUAAUAUCCCCUGAUGGCGCAGCGUGUUAUAACAAGCGCUGAGCUGCUGAACUUCUGGACCGAAAGGCCACAGGUUUGAAUUGGGGGAGCGGAGAGAGCCCCCACUGUUAGCCCCAGCUUCUGCCAACCCAGAAGUUCGAAAACAUUCAAAUGUGAGUGCAUCAAUAGGUACUGCUCCGGCGGGAAGGUAACGCCGCUCCAUGUAGUCAUCCCACAUGACCUUGGAGGAGUCUACGGACAACGCCGGCUCUUCGGCUUAGAAAUGGAGAUGAGCACCAACCUCCAGAGUAAGACACGACUGGACUUAAUGUCUGGGGAAAACCUUUACCCUUGACCUUAACUACCACCAAUUCCUCAAUACUUUAUUUCCCAUACCACCAGACUUCACCACAGCAACGCGUGGCCGGGCACAGCUAGUAUAAUAUAUAAUAUAUAUAUAGCUGGAGUUACACUUAAAAAUGUACCCAUUCCAACUUACAUGGAAAUUCAACUUAAGAACAAACCUACAGAACCUAUCUUGUUCAUAACUUGGAUACUGCCUGUAAACCAGAUUUAGAUCGUUUGGUUCCCUCCAGCUACCGCCCAGUUUCGAAUCUUUCAUUUCUGGGCAAGGUGAUUGAGAGGGCAGUAGCGGUGCAGCUGCAGCAGUUCCUAGACGACACAGCCGGACUGGAUCCUUUCCAGUCUGGCUUCCGUGCGGGGCAUGGGACAGAGACUGUAUUGGUUUCCAUCACAGAUCAUCUCCGAUGCCAGCUUGACCGGGGCGGGUCGGUGUUGCUUGUGUUAUUGGAUCUCACAGCAGCAUUUGACACAGUCGAUCACAAUCUUCUGACCCACCGCCUUGCCGUUGCUGGAGUUAGGGGGACAGCUUUAAAUUGGCUGGCCUCCUUUCUUCACAACCGUGGACAGCGAGUGGAGAGGGGGGGCCUGGUCUCUGAGAGGUCCCCUCUACAUUGUGGGGUUCCUCAGGGGGCCAUUCUCUCCCCUCUGUUGUUUAACAUCUAUAUGCAACCACUUGCUCAGCUGGUCCGAGAUUUCGGGCUCGAGUGUUAUCAAUAUGCUGACGACACUCAGCUUGUGUUAAAGAUGGAAGGCCAACCGGAGUCUGUACCCGACAGUUUUCACCAGUGCCUCGAGGCCAUUAUUGGAUGGUUGCGUUCCAGUAGUUUGAGGGUGAAUCCAGCAAAGACGGAGUUCCUAUGGCUGGGCCGACCGGGCAGUGGGGAUAUCCAGUUGCCAACCCUGGAUGGUGAAGUGCUACGCCCGUCUUCACUAGUAAAGAGUCUGGGAGUCCUCUUGGACCCUUCACUGACGAUGCAGGCCCAGGUCUCCGCCGUUACCAAAACUGCCUUUUUUCAUCUUCGGCAGGCUAGACGGCUAGCCCCCUAUCUAUCUAGGGACAACCUGGCUACAGUGAUCCAGGCUACAGUCAUCUCGAGACUGGAUUACUGUAAUGCCCUUUACAUUGGCCUUCCUGUGUCGGUGAUCCGGAAGCUCAAAUUGGUGCAAAAUGCAGCUGCCCGGCUCCUUGCGGGAGUCCCCAUAAGAUGCCACAUAACACCAAUCUUACGGCAGCUGCACUGGUUACCAAUUGAGCACCGGAUCACUUUCAAAGUGAUGGUGCUUACCUUCAAGGCCUUACAUGGUCCAGGGCCGAUGUACCUGAGGGACCGCCUCACCCCUUACAAACCCCAGAGAUCCCUCCGUUCUGAGGACCAAGACCUGCUGGAAGUCCCCAGUUUUAAGACCUUGCGUCUAACUGCAACUAGACGCAGAGCCUUUUCAGUAGUGGCGCCAUCUCUGUGGAACACCUUGCCACCUGAAGUUCGUGCCUUGCGGGACUUGUUGGCCUUCCGCAGGGCAUGUAAGACACACCUGUUUCGGCAGGCUUUUGAGUUCUGUUGCUGAUGUUUAAAAGGUGCUUUUAGGAUGUUUUAAAGAUUUUUUUUAAAAUGAUGUUUUUAAAAUGUUUUUUAAAUUGUUGAUUUUAGCCGGUUCUUGUAAGCCGCUCCGAGCCCUAGGGGAGUGGCGGCAUAUAAGUUUGAAAAAUAAAUAAAAUAAAUAAAUAAAUGUGGUCAUGAUCUGUAGCAAGCUUAAGAUUCCACAUACAGUGAAAAUAUGCAGACUAUGUAUUUAUUUCCACAUGGUCCUCCAUAAUGAACCCUGUUAGCAGAUACAUUCAUUUUUCUUAUGGUAUAGGGGCUUGACAGCACAAACAAGGGGGUGAAUUAUUGUCCUUUGUGUGAAGUACUUAAAAGUUACAUAAUAGUAAGUUCUAAAUAUGUUCUGUCUUUAUCAUAUUAAGAAUGAAAAAGAGAAAAGACUGGUGUGAAAACGCACAACUCCAUUUCCUUCUGUUUGAUUUCACCAGCCUUUCUCUGGUUAAUGUACAGUAUGUUGUUACUUAAACUUUGCAUGGGGAGAAGGCCUAGACCUGCUACAGGUACUGUUUUGGUUUUAUUCCAGCCCAGUUAUUCUAUUUUUAUUCAGUUUAAUUAAUCUUCCAAGUGCUACUAUCCUGGAUAUCUUUGAGGAAAAAUGCUAUGCCUUGAUAGUUUCAUUAAAAAUUCUGGUGGCUCAAAUAUCCAAGCAGAAACAAUGCAAGUUUGUUGUAGUCUUACAAGAUAAACUUUUGAAGUCUGUUAAUUACCAAAACAAGCUCAUUUAAGAGGGCUGAAACCCUGGAGGGGUGAAUUGACAGAUUUUCAAUAGUAAUCUGCAGGCGAAUUCAGAAGAUCAUUAGUCUCUGCAUUUCGUAGUGUCGCUGCAGUCAUCCAGAAAAAUAAUAAAUGAUAUGAUUGAAGGCUAGCAGUAAGUUACUGUCAUAUACCAACUCUCCAGGCUAUUUUGGGCAUUGUAGUCAUGUCAGUCAAAUUGAUUCUUCUGCCUCAUGUGGUUUUACUCCCCACCAUGUACUCUAGUUACAGCAAUAGCUAGUUAUGCAAGAACAAAUUAGCCUGCUGCAAAUGAAAUUAUAAUACUUUGUGUCUUUCUUAAUAGUUAAAAUUCCCCUUUGAAUGUUAUAUAUUAAAUUGCCCGCUAUGAACAGGAAGUUUAUAAACUUUUAAACAUUGUGGGAGUAGCUGAGCUACUCUCAGCUGUCAAAUUCUUAUUGACACUUUUUGGACAGUUGCAUUUUUUGCUGUGCAGAAUAUACAAUUUUAUUGUAAUGCAUUCUGACUUUCCAGAACAGUUUCUACUUGACUGUGUUUUUGAUACUGGCAAGCAUCAUAGUCUUUACUAUAGAGAUCCCAAACACAUGCCUAUUCUCUAUAGUAUGUCUUUCUUUUCCUCUGGAGUUUAGAUCCCUCUGCAUUUUCUCUACUGUCUCAUAUUCUUAUCAAUAUUCAGUGCAGUUGUAUCCAUGGGCAAGAUGUUCAUAUACCCAAAGAGUCACUCCAAAUAUAUUUCAUAGCCAAGACAUUGGCAGGGAAAAAGCGGAAGGAGUUUUCCAGGAUGUUGAAAGCUGCAGUCGAAUUUACAAAAGAGAGAACAGCAGCAGGGAAAUCUAGAAUUUCACAAGAUCUAAAAUUCAGAAUAUAAUAGCAGUUUGGGGACCUGUUGUGACACAUUGGUUAGAAUCCUGUUAGUUCAACUAAAGGAGACCCACUGAGUCAAUUGCUGAGUGGUGGGUUAACAUAUAGAUAGAAUCAUAGAGUUGGAACAAAGCACAAGGGCCAUCCAGUCCAAUGCCAUGCCAUGCAGGAUUAUACAAUCAAAGGUAAACCUAAUAGUAUAGAUACAAUUAUUACUAUAGUCAGAACUAACAAUAGAAAGUAAGCCUUUCACUUCAAAAAAAAUUAACAUUAAAACCAGAAUAAGCUAUUAACUGUAUUACAUGCUAAAAUAUUAAAAGUUACACAAUUUAAACAAUACUGCACUUACAGCCCUUUGUUAAAAGCUUUCAGUUCUAAAAGCCUUUCUGAAUAAAAUGUUGUUAUCCACUGACUGAUGAACAGCAGGGAGGGUGCCAUUUAAAUUUCCCUUGGAAAGGAGUUCCAAUGGCCACCACUGAGAGUGUUUAGAUGAGUUGUUCAUCUAAAGGAAUGAAAAACUUAUUUUAGGGCAUUGUGAUAUUUUUAAAAAGAGAGGUCACCAUUGUCACUGUGUAGGCAGUAUAUUUGAGACACUGAAAUAGUUAGGGUGGAUUGAACAAAACGGAAGCAUGAAGAGCGCCAAAGAAACCUCUUUAUAUUGGAGGACCAGAGGAUAUUCAGGUCACUGACCUAAAGUGUGUUUGCUGUGAACAAAGUAAAGUCCUUGUUGGAUAUUACUAGGACAGGAAUUGAAAACAAAAUUUCCAGUACCUUAAUCUUUUAUAGAAAACUGUGGUAUAACAGACUUGGAAUACUGUGUAUACUUCUACUUCUUAAUAGCACUGGAAGAGAGAGAUUGCACAACCGAAAAAAAAUUGAAAGGAGUUAUUUGAAAGAUCAGAAAACUGGAGCAGCUCCCUGUAUGAGCAAAGAUUGAAGUGUUUGAGACCAUUUAUCUUUGGAGUGGUUUAGCCAGAAAGGGGAGACAUGGUAGAGGUGGAUAAAACAGGGAUGUCAAUCUCUACUUGCUCUGUUUUUGUUUGUUUUUUACUUUUUUUUUUGCAUGGAGAACUUGAAACUACAGGAUUUUUCUCCUCAACAUUUCUCUGUUUUUAAUCUGUUUUAUUGCAUUUAUGUGUUUUAACUGUUUUAUAAUUUGAAAUGUUAUAUUUAUUAUUUGUAUGUUUAAUGCGGCAUUGAAUUUUGCCGUAGUCUGUAAGCCGCUCUGAGUCCCCUUCGGGGUGAAAAGAGCAGGGUAUAAAUAUAGGAAAUAAAUAAAUAAAUAAAAUGUUGUUCUCAAGAUGGCAUUUAAUACAUGAAAAUUAUCAUCAUUUAUUUACAUAGCAUCAUCAGGGUGCAUGGUGCUUAACAGUAAAACAGCCUAAAACCAUGGGUCCUGCCAAAGGUAUGCAAUCUAAAAUAUAUGUGUAUACACAUGCACAGAGGAAGGGAAGGAAUAAUAAAAUAUACAAUACAAUUAUAAAACAAAUCUGGAUAACAUAUAAAAAUAGAAUAUAAAAUGAAAUAAAGCAAACUGACCAAUACAUGUAAUCAGAAUAUACAUUAUUUUCAAUCAAUAUUAAACUAAAAUUUGAAAGUUUUGGAAAACAAGGAAGUUUUAAAUUGAAAUUUAAAAAUAAUAAAGGAAUUAGCAAUCCACAAAUCUAUCAGGAGGCAAUCCCUAGAGUGCAGUCAGGGGCGGCUGAACCAGUAAACGAAGUACGCAAAUGUGGAAGGCGCCAAUCCCCUGGGGGCGCUAUUGAGGCGCCCGGUACAGUGCCCAGAGAGAGAGAGAGAGGUAGGCAAACAAGAGUUCUAGGAAACAACAACGCGCCCCAGGUUUCCCUAGGCUGGGCCUUUGUGAUGCCUCAUGGGCCUUGUAGUCCUGUUCCUAGUACUAUCGUGGCAGAUGAAGAUGAAAACAUGGGGUUUUCGCCGGUUCAACAAGAGCCGGAGUCCCUUCACCUGCCGGAUGUUGAUGUUUGCCCUCAAGAAUUCAGUAAAACAGGCCUUGGACAGUACUCCCCUCCGUUUCCCAGGAAGGAAUCUUACUCUAGAGACAGAGGAGUUAGAGAAGCAAAUCGGAGAAGUUUACGGAUCGCUGCCAAACAAUAGGCUGAUUAGGCCUGCUUCCCUUGGGAAAUUCUAAGGAGUCUUGCAUCUGGACAGAGUUGGGUUUCGCUUCUUGUUCUCUAGGGAAAGAGUUCUGUUGGCGGGAAAACGAGACCCAAUAUAGGUGUUUGGCGCGGGAGAUUCUUUGCGGAGUCAAUUGAUCAGCUACAGGAGAGAGAUCGUGUGUGGACUUCGUAACCCCAGUUCCUUGCUUCCCGGAUCAAGCUUUCAAGCCUUUGCCUUGCCUUGCUGUUUAACCACGGACCCUGCUCCACGCUUCACGUUUUGCCUUGUUUCUAGUCACGGACCUAGCCAAGAACCAAGUUUAUUUCCAGCCUUGUUGUCAAGCUUCAUUGGACUCUAAGACUCUGACAUUUCCCCACACUAUUGCUUGGCAAAAGUGUGUGUUUCGGUCAAGUGGAUUAAAACUUUGAACUCUAAUAUCAUUUAUUGGACAAUACAUUUUUGGACUAUAUUUGACCUCAUUUGAAAGGUCUGCUUCUGAACUAUAUUCUUCACUUGUUUUUAUUGCUUUUAUAUACUUCCUUAAUAAAGAUAUUAGAUAGAGAUUGGCCUCCGUGUACGGUUAUUGGUGCCCAGCAGCCAGGGGUCUGACAGCCUUGGCUGGAGGGAGGAAACUCCUCCCUCCGGCCAAGGCCCGGCACUUUGAGGA